AUGACUUCUUUCAUGGGCACCGUCCUUGGGGACUAUGAGAUUGGCGGAUUCUUGGGCCGCCGUGGCCAGUUUGCAAGUGUCAACAUGGCCAAGCACGUGAAGACUGGUGACACUCUUGCAGUGAAGAUCAUCAACACGAGCCGAAUGGACCCGGCCAAGAUUCAGCGUGAGAUCGACAACCAGCGUGGACUGCGGCACCCGAACAUCAUCCAACUUAUGGAAGUGAUUGAAAGUGACGGCAAAGUCUUCGUCUUCAUGGAACGAGGUACAGGCGGUGACCUCUUUGAGUUGAUCAUCGCUCGGAACCGGCUCCAGGACAAGGAGGCGCGAUGCUAUUUCCGGCAGAUCGUUGAUGCAGUGGGAUUUUGCCAUCGGAAUUGCGUGGCUCAUCGAGAUCUCAAGCCUGAGAACAUCUUCCUCGAUUCCAAUAUGAAUGUAAAGCUGGGGGACUUCGGACUCUCUUCAAAGUUCGAGUGGGGAAUUCCUCUGACAGAGUCCGUAGGCUCGCCGAACUACGCUGCCCCUGAGCUGCUGCAGCGUGCGUGCAGCUACCAGGGCCCUGAGGUCGACGUUUGGGCUGCUGGCUGCGUGCUUUAUGCCAUGAUUACGGGGACAUUACCUUUUGAUGCAGACCCAACCGCUGCUCUCUUCAAGCUCAUCAAGUCGGGUACAUAUCGCAUGCCUGGCUAUGUCUCAGCAGAGGCCAAGGACGUCAUAUCGAAGAUGCUGGUCAUUGAUCGCGAAGCGCGAGCUUCCAUGGCAGAGAUUCGAAGCCACUGCUGGCUAAAGGAGGAAGUGAAGAUUCUGGUGCCAAGCAAGCAAGAGGUCAAUGAGUCUGCCGACCACACACAUUCGACUCUGCUGGCAAAGAUGCUGCUGGCGGGCCUUGCCCUUCUUGAGUCAGGAAAACGAGAAAUGGAGCAAGGAGUAAGAUACAAUUCCUUUACAGAUCUGACCGUCUCCUCGCUGGAGGAAAUACACGAGAUUCGAUUCACUGAUGCCGUCGUGACCUGGAAAUUUUGUGAGGCCCACUUCAAGGCCACCACGGGUGCGGGAUCCGUGCCCAGGAUUUUCAUCAGCGGCAAAUGUGAGGGUGGAUUCAGCGAGGUUCAACACAAGCUGUGGACCGGUCAGCUUGUGCCGGCCCUGCUGGCUGCGGGGGCACUCUCGGAGUCAUCCCCAGCAGCAAAAGGUGGAAGCAUGUUUUUCGAGGCCGGAAAUCCAAUGUUAUGA